AUGAUAUUAAAAUGUGCAAUCAUCAUCGCACUUAUAAAUCAAUACUUUUGUUUUAGAAAAACGCCCAAUUAUAAUCAUGUACUAAUAAAAUCUAACAAUAUAAACUCUGAAUUUAAAGAAUCUACUUGUGAAAAGGUUGAUUGGACUCAAACUCUCAAUUUACCAGUCUCAAAUUGGUAUUUCCAUGAUUUUGAGAAAUUAGAAAAUGAUUCACAGCACAAGUGGGAUAAUGAAGGCACAUAUCUUCAAUCUAUACUAAACAACCUUGGAGAUUCCACUAUUAAUACCCUUGGAGCAUUAUCUCAUGAUAUGUUCAGAGUUAUAUGCGAUGGCCCUCCCUAUGCCAACGGACAAUCGCAUAUGGGACAUUUGCUUAACCGCACAAUUAAAGAUAUAAAGCUGAGAUAUUGGUUAUCACAAGGUUAUGCCGCUAUAAUCGUUCCUGGAUGGGAUUGCCACGGAUUGCCUAUUGAAUUGAAGGCUAAAAAAUCACUUGGUACAGCCACUUUACUGGAAAAGUGCGAGAGUUUGGCUCUAAAUAGCAUUAAAGGACAGGCUUUAACAACUGGAAAAUUGGGAUGCUGGGCUUUUUGGGGCCUUAGUUAUGGUACAAUAUUGCCUCUUUACAAGCAAUUAGUACAAAGUACAUUCGUUCACUUGCGGAACAAAAAUAUAAUUUGCAAAGGCCCUUUACCAGUCCUAUAUUCACCAAGUGCGUGUAGCGUCGUUGCAGAUGUGGAAGUUGAGAUUAAAAAUGUGAUAAGAACAUGCAGUUAUAUGCCUUAUCAGAUAAAUGAUAGCGAUAAAAUCAAAUCCCUUAAUGGUUUGGAUUUUGACAAGCUAUUCAUUGUUGCUUAUACCACCGAACCUUGGACAUUGCUUGCUAAUCAAGGACUGGCAGUAGAUACUUACGCGAAUUAUUUUGUAUAUAAUAAUAAUAAUAAUAAUAUAUACAUAAUGAAUGGUAUAAAUCCAUACGGAGAUUGGCCAAAACUCACUGAAAUUAACGGUUCAGAACUUAUUGGGUUAAAAUAUACAGACCCAUUGUCUGGUAAUGUUUAUAAGAUUAUAAAUGGCGAGAAUUGCGUAAUUUUUGAUGUUGGCACUGGGAUAAUUCAUUUAUCGGGAGCUCACAAUCAUACUGACUUUCAACUACUGGUAAAAGCUGGAAUAGACACCUUUCGUAAUGUGAUAGAUGAAAAAGGCAGAUUGAUUGAUUAUCCCAAUAUCAGUGCAUAUUCUCAUGAAUUAGAUGAUUUACUGCAGUCUAAAAUUGACAUUCUGCAUAUGCAAAAUGUUGUAAAGAAGCCUUUUUGCCGUCGCACAGGAGGCAACAUAUUUACUAGAAUUACUGAUCAAUACUGGCUCAACACUGGACAAUUGAAACCACGAGUAUUGGAAGCAAUUAAUAACAUUUCAGUUAUUCCAAAUAGUGCUAAAAAUUACCUAUACAAGGUCGUCUCAUCUAGACCUAAUCACUGGUGUCUAUCAAGGCAAAGGCCUUGGGGCUGUAAAAUUAUCGAUAAUGAUAAUAGGUUAAAACUGCCACUAAACGAUGGCCCUGAUUUAGCUAAUGAUCUGACUAAGGUGGAGUGUUUGGAUGUAUGGUUUGAAUCAGGUCUUAAUUGGAUGUACAAUAACAUUGUACUUGAAUAUUUGAUAAAUGAUUUUUUCCCAAAAAAUAAUAAUGAUACAAUAAAAUGCAGUAUUGGCAUUGUUAAAUCGCCAGAUGAUGAUUUUAAAAUUGGUCAGAAUGAUUUCUAUGAACAAUUUAACAAAUAUGUCCAAGAAAAUAUUACUAUACCAUAUGUAAAUCCAUCAUCAAAAUUAUAUAACAAAUAUCUGAUGGUGGAGGGACAAGAUCAGCAUAGAGGGUGGUUCCAAUCGAGCUUAUUCACUUCCCAGGCGCUAAAUGUUGAUUUACCAUUUGAAAAAAUAUUUAGCCAUGGAUUCGUUAUCAAUGAAGGUGAAAUAAAAAAGGUUAGCAAGAGUAAAUUUGACCAUGGGCAGGCGGAUGAAUUUUUAUCUACAUACGGCGCUGACACUCUUAGAUUGUUUAUUGCAUCUUCUGAUUUCCACCAAAAGGAUAUUUACAUUAGUAAAUUAUCCCUAGAAAGAGCUAGAGACAUUAGGUCCAGGUUGUGCAACACAUUUAAGUUCAUAUUGGGUCUUAAAAAGUAUAUUGAUCUAAUAAAUGAUUUUACCAUUAUUACUGAUAGUAAUAAUGUUAUUAGUAGCCAAUAUCCUCUUGACGAAGCUGUUCUUAGGCAAUUGGAAGAUUUACAAAAAACCGCUAAGGAAAAUUAUGAGUCAUUCAAUUAUUCAAAGAUAAUUAACAAGCUUAAAAUAUUUUUAAAAUAUCUAUCUACUGAUUAUAUGAGUAUCAUAAAGGAUAUUAUAUACACAGAGUCAAUUGAAUCCUCUCGUGCCAAAUCUGCAUUUGGAACAUUUGAAUUUAUUGGUAAGGUUUUAUCACAAGUUGUAGCACCAAUUGUGCCACACAUUACUCAAAAAUUUAAUGAUCUAUUUGGCACCACUACAAAUUUACAUUCAAAAUGGAUUGAUUUUUCAUUGUCCAACAAUUAUGGUGUUGAAAUGGAGCUCGCACAUUGUUUGAGAGACGCAGUUAUGAUUCAAUUAAAUCGUGCAGUAGACGCUGAAGUGUUGAAAUACUUCGGCCAGGCAAAAGUUAACAUAGUAGCAAAUGCAAAUAUCAAACAAUUAGUAGACAAAUGGGAUGGGAAAACUAGCGACGAUCUUAGAUUGUUCCUAGGGGUAGCGUCCAUUGCAGCCACUGAAAACGGAAGCGAAUGCGAUAUAAAAGUAUCUGUUGAAAAGGUCAAUUGGGCUAAAUGCGACCGUUGCUGGUUAUACCGCGAAUCGGUCAACAAUAGAAUGAUCAAUGGUCAUAAUCACUUGUUGUGUAGUCGAUGCUACGACAUUGCUGAAAAACUAAAAUUUGUUUUGUAA